AACACACACACACUUUUACGUUUCUUUCUCUUCAACUUAUUAAACCAACGCCCCUUCUUUUUUCUUCUUUUUCUGCAAAUUCAUCACAGCAACACACUAUCACUCAUUCGCUUUGGAAUAAAUUCUGAAAUUUUAAGGCUUGAUUUCAAUUUAUGCACAAACAAAGAAGUUUCAAACCCACAGCCCCAUAAUCCUAAAUUCCAACUCCUAAAAUUUCCAAUCGACUGAAGGAGAAAGGAAGGAUGACCAAUUCAAGUUUCCCGACUGAACCGGGCGUGUCGCAACCGAAAAUGGGGUUUGUUCAUUCCGGCUUGGGAACUGACUAAUUUUAAUCGAGACAAGUUGAAGGGCGAUGAGUGGCAAUGAAUUCCGUUUCUUCCUUUCAUGCGACAUUAAUCUGCCCCUCACCUUCAAAAUCGAGAGAUUGGAAGGGAAACUGUCUCCGUUGAAGCCUCCAGACUCAGAUGAUAGCGACUGUAUAGAGGAGAGGAAACCGGAGUUGUACGUCGAGUGCUUGUUAUACGUUGAUGGCGCGCCAUUCGGGCUUCCCAUGAGAACGAGGUUGGAAUCCGUUGGACCGUCAUAUUGUUGGAAUGAACUUGUUACUCUGAGUACCAAAUAUCGUGAUUUGACUGCAAAUUCACAACUUGCCCUAACGGUCUAUGAUGUUUCGUGUGGGAAAAAUGAGGAAGUGGUUGGUGGGGCGACAAUUCAUCUGUUUAACAUGAAGAAACAGCUCAAGACUGGGAAGCAUAAGCUCAGACUUUGGGCGGGUAAAGAAGCAGAUGGCUCUAUAAACACAACAACACCAGGAAAAUAUGAGAGAGGACAAAUUCAAAGAGUUGACUGGCUGGACCGGCUUGCAUUUAAAGCCAUGGAGAAAAUCAAGGAACGCGAAAGCAUAAAAAAGGGGGGUUCCCAUUUGUACGUUGUCGUUGAUUUCUGCAGCUUUGAACAUCGAGUGGUCUUCCAGGAAGCCAAGCAGGCACUAGAACUCAUGGGCAAGUGGGAGACAAUCGAUGUCUGUGAUGCAUUGGAGCUUCUAUCUCCAGUUUUUGAGAGUGAAGAGUUUUUUGAGCAAUUGUGGAUCAUUCAUAUUGUAUCUGGAUCUUCAAAAUGCUAUCAACCUGGACAGGUCCGUGCAUAUGCCGUGAGUGUUCUUGAAAGGGCUGAUGAUGAAGAGCUCCAGUGCUACUUACUUCAGUUAGUUCAAGCUCUUCGGUUUGAACGUUCUGACAAGUCUCGCCUUAGUCAAUUCCUUGUUCAACGCUCAUUAUGUAAUAUUGACUUGGCUAGCUUUCUACGGUGGUAUGUGGCGGUGGAGCUCCAUGAUCCUGUUUAUGCAAGACGGUUUUAUAGCACCUACGAGUGCUUGGAAGAAAGUAUGUUAAAGCUUGGGUCUUCAGCAAAUGGUGAUGAAGAUGGUUUUAAGCUUUGGCAAAGUCUUGUGCGUCAAACCGAGUUGACUGCACAGUUGUGUUCCAUCAUGAGAGAGGUGAGAAAUGUAAGGGGUGGAACCCAGAAGAAGAUUGAAAAGCUUCGGCAGCUUCUAUCUGGGCUUCAUAGCGAGCUAACGUACUUCGAUGAGCCAACACGAUCUCCUCUGGCACCAAGGGUCCUUAUAACCGGGAUCAUACCAUCAGAAUCAUCAAUCUUCAAAAGUGCUUUGAAUCCCUUGCGUCUAGCUUUACGAACAGCAAGUGGAGGAAGCUGCAAGAUCAUAUUUAAGAAGGGUGAUGACCUUAGACAAGACCAGUUGGUUAUUCAAAUGGUAUCGUUGAUGGAUAGAUUGCUCAAAUUGGAGAAUCUAGAUCUUCAUUUGACUCCUUACAGAGUAUUAGCAACAGGGCAUGAUGAAGGCAUGAUGGAAUUCAUUCCAUCCAAAUCAUUGGCACAGAUUCUAUCAGAACAUCGAAGUAUUACAAGCUAUCUGCAAAAAUUUCACCCAGAUGAAGAUGGGCAUUUUGGAAUUACAGCGACCUGUCUGGAAACAUUCAUAAAAAGCUGUGCUGGUUAUUCAGUUAUCACAUAUAUAUUGGGCAUUGGUGACAGGCAUCUUGAUAAUUUGCUACUACAAGAUGAUGGCCGCCUUUUUCAUGUUGAUUUCGGGUUUAUACUCGGCCGGGAUCCAAAGCCAUUCCCACCUCCUAUGAAACUUUGUAAAGAAAUGGUCGAAGCUAUGGGUGGAGCUGAAAGUCAGUACUACACGAGGUUCAAAUCCUACUGCUGUGAAGCAUACAAUAUUCUUAGGAAGUCGAGUAACCUAAUAUUAAAUCUCUUUCACUUGAUGGCGGGUUCAAACAUUCCCGAUAUUGCUUCUGAUCCUGAGAAAGGCAUUCUUAAGGUGAAAAUCUCCAUUAAUUCUGUACUUCUGUUGGGAUUUGUUCUACCCUACAAGAAAAGUUUCGGUUGGACUUGGACGAUGAGGAGUCAAUACAUUUUUUCCAGGAUCUUAUCAACGAAAGUGUUAGUGCAUUAUUCCCACAAAUGGUGGAAACUAUCCACCGUUGGGCUCAAUAUUGGCGCUGAUCUAACCCCAAAUUGCACUUCUUGGAGACACCUCAGGUGAAAACUACCCCUGCACCUGAGUUUGCCGUAAUUAUAAAAUUAAAUGAAAGAGAAAACAAGAAGAAAUCAGUUAUCUUCUAUAAUUACUUAUACCCUGUUAAGAUAUUAAAUUGCAUAGAUCACGCUGUGGGAAAGAAAAUGGGUAAAAAAUAUUGGAGAAAGAUAUUUGUAAAUGUAGUAUUUUCUGUAGCAAUCGUUUCCUAACGACUGAAAUCGGAAAGUAAAACGAUUCUGGAUAACUUUGUUCCUCAUAUCCAUGCACAUUGAUACUCACGUUUUGGUCCUCCCCGGAUAAUGUUGCAAUUCUUUUCUGGUUUUCUCAAAUAUUACCUGUUUUUCUAGGAGUUAAUGUACAACUAAGCUUAUUAUAAAAUGUAUAAGUAAGCAAAGUUUUUAUCUUUCAGUAUGUUUAUCUGCUCCUGAAUGAUUGACUAGUGUGUUGACGUAUUGUAACUUCACUAGUCGAACAUAAAAUCAACUUAUUUUUGUAUGUUCCAGUUUCUUUAUUAACUUCCACUUAUUUGAUUGUGGGAAAGAAAAGCAAUGAGUUAAUGCUGCCUAACGUUUUUGUACAAUAUGAAUAAAUGUUAUCUUCUAUCUUCCUAUGUCAUGUUCUUAUUUCUUUCUUCUCAUCUAAGGCAGUAGUUUCCAGUGGUGCUGCAGUUGAAUGACACUCAGUAGACAUUUGGAUGGGCCAAUGCAGAAGAAAAGAAUAUGUCAUUUAUAUGCAACAUUGUAUAUGUAUAAUUUGCAUCUUAACUCUUAGCAUCAAUUUGAAUUUAAUGCUGUGAGUAAAUUAAGUAAUUCAUAUAAGCUAAGAUGUACUUUUCACUUGUGUGUGGAUUUGGCAGAUUGGCUUGAUGUGUUAUUGGGUGGAUUUGUGCAAACUGCCUACAUUUGGUGAAAUGGCUUUUCACCGUUGGAUGCAUGGGUUCAUGUGUGUAUAUGAUGUGAUCCUACGGUGAAAAAUCAGGCGUGUGCAUAUGGUCGGUUUUAGAUAGGUUGCAGGUGGACUUGGGUUAAUUUUAUUAAAACAAUUGUUUAUAUUACCAAUUGUUUAUAUUAUAGAAUGGCAACUAAACAUACUCUUUCUUUAGAGUAAUGCUAUUUAGCUUACUUGGAUUACAACUCAAGUGUAAAUGUAUUAUCAAAAAGUUAAAAAAUAAUGCAUUUACACUUGAGUUGUAACUUAAGUUAUCAUUCAAGUUGGCACUCU